GCCAUUAGGAAAUGCAGAAGCCCGUGAAACGGGUUGAUUAACAAUCUGCAGCACAGAGCAUUCUCUCGAGCAAGCUCGCCAUGACAUACUGUGGUUUAUGUCUUUUGUAUUCCGUACUCCGUACUGGGGUAACACAAAAGAAUAUUCCCCAUGCGUCAUCCUCAAAUGUCCCAACAAGUUACUAACGAGCAAAGCUCCCCAUGACCCUGCCAAGUCCUGCUAUUAUAGUUCCAUACCUUGCGAAGUGGAGAUGUUGGCAAUGAUGCAGCGCACCCAACCGCCGCGCGGCACCCCGCGGAGUGCCUUUCUCUCCAUCCAUCAUUGCAGAUCAAGAAGAGAACCGGUGACGGAAAAUCAACAGAGGCAUCUGGAUGGUGACAGCUGCCCUUGGAAACCGGUCGCAAUGGUUGAGUCGACAUUGCCUGGGUGACUUCUGAUUCUGCGCUCCCAUCGGCACCGUUGGCUAGUUCAACCCCCGGCCCAUAGGCAACCACAUACUCUUUCGUACCCCGUAUCCGAACACUCUGCGUGCGUUUUCAAAACCCGCAUCCCCAGACAAGUUGCAGAGACUCAGCGCCCGUGCGCCCUGCGGCCUUUCUCCACAGAGACGUCCAUCUAUGAUCAGUAUGAGCACCGUCGACCCGUCCAAAUCAUCCCUCUCAAGCGAUCAGCCCGUCGCCCAAACGGCCCAUUUUCAGCUGCAACCCAGCGCCGGUCCUGAUGGAAGCAGAGACGCUAGCUCCAGCGGAGCACCGCCCAACGAGAGCGCCUCCGGCCACGUCCCACGCCCGAAACGGAUAGCAUGUAUGGUUUGUAGGAGAAGAAAGCUACGUUGCGAUGGGAGGAAGCCUAGCUGUGGAAAUUGUGCCCGUCUGGGCCAUGACUGCACAUACAACGAGACGAGGAAAAAGAGCGGUCCCAAAAGGGGUUAUGUUAAGCAGUUAGAGGCCAGGUUAGCCCGAUUUCUACCUCCAGCCCAAGUUGAGACUCUUCUCAAAGGACAGGAUGCAACCGACAGUUCGCCAAAUUCCACGUCUGCACGGGACAUACCUUUUCAGGGCUCGUUACAAAGUAAAAUCCCGGAGCUGUCUGUCGGGUCCACUUCUGCGGCACAAGGGCCAGCCAUCCCGCUUUCUCCGUUCGUAGACUUGGCUUCAAAUGCCUCCGGCCUUGUUGAGCCCAGUUUACAGAUAGGGGGAGACGCUUCCUGGGAAAUGAUAGGCCUCGGGUUGGAGGAGUCUCUUCCCGGACCGGAAAUCAUUGAUGAUCUAACCGAGAUCUAUUUCCAAAAAAUCCACCCGUCGUAUCCCAUGAUCCAUAAACCUCGCUAUCAUGCCGCCAUGAAUCUCUCUCCGUUGAUGCGCCCCCCAAUUUGUCUGCGAUAUAUAAUGUGGGCUCACGCAGCCGCCUGCACGGAGCGAUAUGAAUCACUCCAUCAGAUAUUUUAUCAGCGUGCGCGGAAAUAUAUCCAGCUCGAUGAGAUGAAGGGGCUUGGCGAGUCGGUCAUAUCUGCUGCGCACGCUCAAUGCUGGAAUUUAAUCGGGAGUUAUGAAUUCAAGAUGAUGUAUUUCCCCCGAGCUUGGUUGAGUUCGGGCAGAGCUAUGCGACUCUCAAUAAUGAUGGGACUGCAUAGGCAGGAUGGCGCUGGCUUAGACGUGAAGCAGUGCAUACCAGCGCCUCGUGAUUGGACCGAGCGGGAGGAACGGAGGCGGACAUUUUGGAUAGCAUUUUGCCAGGAUCGUUACGCUUCAGUGGGGACAGGGUGGCCGAUGGCGGUGGAUGAAAGAGAUAUUUUGACGCAUCUUCCCGCUUCAGAUGAAGCAUUUCUCAACUGCCGAACACAAAAGACGUCGUCGCUUCCAGACGCUUUAUCCGGCCAAGCUACGUCAACGCUCUCUCCUCUGGCUGCCGUGGUGGUAAUCACCUGUCAUCUCGGUAGGAAUCUCCACCAUCUCCACCGUCCAUCAGCCAACGACAAAGACCACGACCUCUACGGGGAGUUUUGGAAGCGUCACCGGGCACUGGAUAAUAUUAUUCUUAAUACAUCUCUCUCUCUUCCUAGCCACCUGCGCCUGCCUGAAGGAAUUAACGACCCAAAUGUCGCCUUCUGCAACAUGUGCAUUCAUACGUCGACCAUCUGCCUCCAUCAGGCCGCCAUCUUCAAAGCAGAAAAGAAUAACAUACCUCCUCAGAUCGCUGCCGAGAGUAAGCGCCGUUGUAUAAUUGCAGCAGACCAGAUCACCAAUAUCAUGAAGAUGAUAAGUCAUCUUGACUUGACACUCGUAAGUGUGUUUGCCCGGCCUCCAAGAGCAGUCGGGCGCCUAACAGGUGUAAAACAGAUGAACCCGUUCCUCGCAUUUUGCCUUUAUGUCGCAGCGCGAGUUUUCGUCCAAUAUCUCAAGUCACGAUCCGAAGACCUAACUGUUCGCUCGUCACUGCAGUUCCUAAUCUCCGCUAUGAAUGCAUUAAAAGUGAAGAAUCCACUUACGCAGUCAUUCCUUGUUCAGUUGGAGUUUGAUCUUGAAACCUCUAAUUUGGGAAUCCUGGCGAAUGCGUGCUCCGGGAACCAAUAUGGCGCGUUUGCGAACUCGGUUUCGAAGGGCAAGGGUCAAAGUGACUUGGGUGGUAACGCGCCCGGAAAUACAGAAGAUUCGCUGCACGCAGCCAAUGGCUCUAAAAUGCAAUAUCCUCGGUCUGGAUUUCCACCUGACGCCUCUCUACCUUCUCGCCGGAAGCCUACCACCCAGCAACAGGCUCAUCAGCAACUGUCACAUUCAGCCCCGUAUUACCCGUCAAACGACACUCAACCCUCUGGCAACUCUCCCUUUCCUAUUUUAACCGAUGAACAAUUGCGAGCAUUCGUUAUGGAAAUGGAUAUUCCCACAGACAUGAGUACGACGAGCGACCGUCAACAAUCUACAUCUGACCAUUCAACUCCCAACACCCAUCAGACGUCGAAUAGUUCCUUGUCACCUCACAACCUCGAUCACCCUUCACCUCCUAAACACAUGCACCAAUCAUCUCAAUCUCGCGCGUACCUUUCCACACCUUCACCAAACCUUACAAACCUAGACGCAAGCGUUCCCAGCCGCGUUUCUUCUUUCUCAGACUCUACCUCCAACACCCCGUUCUCAUUCCCUGCAUCAUGGAAUUACAGUCAAGAAAAAUCUACAAUCCAAAGUCAAUCCCAGGCCCAGUCUCAAUCCACUCAAGGAGAAGGCUCACUUCCUUCUAACGUAAAUGCUACAACAGUGACGAGUGGCACCAUUGAACUUAUGUCACUUGACGAUCUCACUUGGAUGCAAGAUGGAGCUGGAGGCGUGUUGGACUGGAAUAAUUGGCAAAGUCACUGA